GCCAAGCAUUGUUCUUCGUUUCAACUUUCAAUUUUUUUAAAGAAAAAUAAAUAAAGAAAGAAAGAAAAAACUAUAAUUAUCUUUUUUUUAAAAAAUAAAAACAAUAUUUUAAUUACUAUUCUAUUUUUCCUUGGUUUCUUCUCCUUCGCUUCUUCUGCGGAAUUCUCUCUCAUAUGGCUUCUUCAGUAAUCUAAAUCUCGCUCUCUUUCUCUCUCUCUGAAAUUCUUCUCUUUUCAUUGUUUUAAACAACGUCGUUUAUGCAUUGCGAUCUGUUUCUUUUUCUUUCUUAGAUAGUUUACGCGUUUUGCAUUAGGAAGUUGGAGUUUUCGUUUUACUUCCUGUUUGUUUCCCGAGAAAACGGAGAGGAGAUCUGUUUGAAUUUGCGGAUGUAAUUCUUGCAAAAAUCUCCUUGUUGAAAAUCCAGAACUUAAUUUGUUACAGAACACUUUGAUAAUUAGUAAAAGCAAGUAAGGAGGGAAAGACUGAUGCUGGCUUUUUUUGUUUCUGACCACCUAAAAUUUCAUCCAUGAUCCUCGGUCAACGUUUGUUUCUGUGUCUAUACACCACAGUGUUACAAUCUCCUUGGAUGACCCUGGUUUUGAUAUAUGGGGCAUCAGUUAAUCUGAGUGUAAAGAAAAUGGAUCAACACAGGAAGUUUAAGACUUGUACUGGAGUUCUAUUGGAGGUCUUGUAGAUUCGUUGAUUUUAGAUGAUAAGAGCUGGACGCAGCUUGUAGAAGCUGCAGUUGAGAAUGUUGAUUAUUUUCUGGCUGAUAUUCUAUCAUUCUUACGAUGAGAAGUCUGUCCCUGUCAGUAUCAUACAUUUCAUGCUACAGUCUAGCAGUAAACCAUAUAUGCAAGCUAGUGGUCAAGCCUAUGUCAGUACUGUAGACACCUCUAUUUGGAGGUUGCUAGAACUACAUUGACAAAUUGUUGAUUGUCAUCUGCUACAACUGCAAGAAUGGAAAGGUAUAAAAUUUCGGAGGAGCUUGGAGAUGGUACCUGUGGUAGUGUGUUCAAAGCCUUCAAUAUAGAAACAUUUGAGAUUGUUGCUGUUAAGAAAAUGAAAAGAAAGUUCUACUUUUGGGAAGAGUGUAUGAAUCUAAGAGAAGUUAAGGUCCUUCGUAAACUAAAUCACCCUAAUAUUGUAAAGUUAAAGGAGGUUGUCAGGGAAAACAAUGAACUAUUCUUCAUUUUUGAGUACAUGGAACAUAAUCUUUACCAAAUCAUGAGAGAGCGGCAGGAACCUUUUUCCGAAUGGGAGAUACGCAGUUUCAUGUCUCAGAUGCUGCAAGGACUUGCUCACAUGCAUAGAAAUGGAUAUUUUCAUCGAGAUUUGAAACCUGAGAACUUGCUGGUGACAAAGGAUGUUCUGAAAAUUGCGGAUUUUGGACUGGCAAGAGAAGUAUCAUCAAUGCCUCCUUAUACAGAAUAUGUUUCUACUCGAUGGUACCGUUCUCCAGAAGUCUUGUUGCAAUCUUCCUCUUACACUCCUGCUAUUGAUAUGUGGGCUGUUGGUGCUAUAUUAGCGGAGCUUUUUACUUCAUCUCCUAUUUUUCCUGGUGAAAGUGAAAUAGAUCAACUGUACAAGAUAUGCUGUGUUUUGGGUGCGCCUGAUUGGACUUCCUUUCCUGAAGCAACAAACAUCUCUCGUCUAAUCAAUAUUAGUUAUUCAGAGAUUUUACCUACCAACCUAUCAGAUAUCAUUCCUAAUGCCGGCCCGGAGGCUGUUGAUUUAAUCAUGCAACUUUGUUCAUGGGAUCCAUUAAGGAGGCCAACAGCAGAUCAGGCAUUGCAGCAUCCUUUUUUUAAUGUGGAUGCUCGCAUUCCUCAUCCACGACUGCAUGAUCCACUUGAGCUCAGGCUAAACAACAUGGAGUCAAAGCCAAAUCUUGAGUUGAAUCUAUGGGAUUUCGACACUGAACCUGAUGAUUGUUUUCUGGGCCUGACGCUUGCUGUGAAACCAAGUGUUUCAAAAUUAGAGGCAGUCCAUAAUGGCUCUCAGCGUAUGGAAGAGGAUAUACUGUUUUGUCCUAGUCUGAAAGAUCAUCCAGAGCAAUCAGUUUUUUGGUCAUUGCUUACUCCUGAUCAAAAUGGAAUUCACACACCAGUUGAAUCCUCCUUGUCUCUCUCAUUUAGUUCGAUUCAGCAUCCACCAAUUGGAGUUCCACAAUCUGCUGGGUUUGCAAUCGCAUCAUUGCAGCCUAAUCUCCCAGUUCGUCAAAAUUAUUGGCUGUGGCCUCCCCCUUCCAGCAAGGUAAGGGAAAAUGUCUGUGAUUCUCGAGCAGAUGCAAGGCUUUGGUAAUGAUUGUCUAGCUCACCAUGUAUUUCAUUGCCAUAUCAUAGACCAUGCAUGAACUUUACCGACUUGGCCCUAAAAAUUUGUGUGUUUAAUAUUUUUAGAUAUACUUGAAAUUAAGAUUAACUAAAUGAUUUUGUUAAAUAAUAAGUUGUAUUGAUAUAUCAAUACAAAAAGAGGUUGGAUACUGACUCGUAUCUAAAA